UGCCAUCACCGCUUGGUACACUUUGGACUGAUUACAUUUGCCAUCGGAUAAAAAUGCUCAAGAAAGGAAUGGACGUGUACACUACACCAAAAUAUGCGCGCUUGAAGUUUGACAAGUAUGUUGAGUCCAAUAGUACUAUAGAUAAACUUUGCGGCACUUUGGUUAAUCAUCAAGCAGCUUUGAUUCAUUUGGGCAACGCCGACAUGUCACCAAAUUCGCCAAUACGCAUUAAGAAGCAUGUGCGCUGUCCCGGUACACGCAAACUUUUGAAAGGUUUUCGAAAACGUGGCAAUUGUGUCGUGCGCAAAGUCGAUGAGUAUUUUACAUCACAGACAUGCGCAAAAUGUGGCGGACGAUUCGAUCCAAACACCAAAAGCAACCGUUUCAAAGUUUGUGAAAAUUGUGCACCGGUGCCAAAUUCAAUCAUGGCUAACUUUUUACCAUCGAAAAUCGUGGCAAAGCUCAGCAAACGGCGUUUAAAGUAUAACAAAGUUUAUAUUGAAGAGAGUUUGGCGGUAUUUCUGGCUCGAGGUGAAAUGACUGAGCAUGAUUUCGACAUUAUAGCUGAUCGUUUACUGUCUAAGGUGGCCGUGUAUCCAAAAAAAUGGCAAGUAAACGCAGUGAGUGGUGUAUUGGAAUAUGCUGACGUCAAAGUCGAUCAACAACCACAUGCAGUUGAUGAUGAAAAUGCAGCGGAAAUCGAUGGAGAGGUCGCUCAACAACCGUGUGCAGUCGAUGAUGAAUGUGUGACGGAAAUCGAUGACAAGCAACAACCAAUGAUUGUGCAUCAGACAACUUGGGAUCGUGAUAUCGUGGCCUCCAAAUGCAUUCUCAUCAAAGGACAUUGUAACCUGUUUGGACUGGAUAUCCCGCUCACAUUGCAGAGACCACGUCGACAACAAGCAGUUCAAAAUAAUCAACAGCCUUAAGCAUAACCAAUCACCAUUUUAACUCGAAAAUUAAUUAAAAAUUAAUAUUGUAAUUUUGUUACACUAACUGAGACUGACUGUUGUGUCUCAGCAUUUCGAGGAAGUACUACCAAGGCUCUGUUUUUCUGUGAGUAUUUUUCAUUAUUCGAUUGCAUUUAUAUAUUCAGACGUGACAAUUGUUUUUCGCUUCGGGAAGUGCUACCAUCAAUCGCUUCGUUGUAUAAAUGCCAUUA